CUGCGGAUGGAAUAAAUACUUAGGGCUGAAGUCAGCCGUUACCUUUGCAUGCAAAUCAGCAUAGACUACGAAGCGAACUUCAGCUGUUUACGAAGUUAGUUCACAGAAUGUUUUUACAGCAAGUUGGGAAUCUUUUGAGGCCUGACAAGCCAAUCCACAAUUUCAUCAAUGGUGACUUCGUGCCUUCAGAAGAUGGUCAGACGACAAACGAUAUCAACCCCUCAACUGGGGAUGUCGUUUGUGCUUUUCCAUCAUCUUCGAAAAAAGAUGUCGAAAACGCUGUGAAGGCUGCUAAUGCAGCGCUCUUCUCGUGGUCUACUGUGCCCAAGCGUGACCGAUGUCAAUUUCUAAUUCGAGUCGCCGAUUUGUUGGAGAAACGAAGCGAAGACUUCUGCCGCGCCGAAAUGCUAGAUCAAGGAAAGACUGCUCAGCAUGCCAAAAACAAUACCAGUGAUGAAUAUGCAAACGAGGCAAAUAUGGCGAGACUUCUUGCUGGCCAGGCUAUGAAUACGGUCGAACAAUCAACCUGUGAAGGUAUUUUGAGCUACAGCACCAGACAUCCCUUGGGCGUGGUAGCCGUCAUCACUAGUUGGGCGUGUUCUAUACACACGAUUCUCACGCACUUGGUACCAGCACUCGCGUGUGGUAACUGUGUGAUCAUCAAACCUUCUUCCUUGGCUCCACUCUGUGUGCACGUCCUCGCAAAAUGUAUUAAAGAAGCAGGCAUACCCAAAGGAGUUGUCAACAUCGUGUAUGGCAAAGGUGACGUCAUAGGCCGAGCAUUGGUCGAACACACGAACGUGAACGGCGUUGCCUUCGUGGGUAGUGAGAAGACAGCUUCCAGCAUUUGUUCAGAAAGUGCUACUCACCUAAAGCGUCUUUCAUUUGAACUUGGCAACUGCCAUCCCAUGAUCGUUUGCGAUGAUGCAGAUCUUAAUUAUGUUGUGCCUGCAGUCAUCAGAGCGAGGUCAGUCGAGUCUAUCAGUCAUAUUAAUCUAGAUGGGAAUGUACAAUCACACACUGUAAAUACGUGCCUUUAUCAGAUGGGACCAUUAAUUAGUAAGGAGCAUCAUCAGAUGGUGCUGUCCUGUAUUCAAGGGGCAAUAAACGAUGGGGCGACGCUACUUUAUGGUGGAAAAGUUCCUAAACUUGACAGCAAACUAGAAAAGGGGUACUUUCUGGAGCCUACGAUUCUUGGGGGAUUUAAAAAUGCGACGAACAAUCAAAUAAAUGUAAUGGAGGUUCAAGGUCCAGUGAUACGAAUAAUUUCCUUUAACACCGAGAAUGAAGCAGCGAAGGGAGCAAACAGCACACCGUAUGGUCUGUCAGCCUCUAUAUGGAGUAAAGAUGGAGCACGGACUCACCGCAUGGCCAAACUCCUAGACGCAGGAAUCGUAUGGAUCAACAGCUGGCUGCUAAACUGUCCCAGCAUGCUCCAAGGGGGGCAUAAACAAAGCGGCAAUGGUCGAUUUGGAGGACGUAUGUCACUGGAUUUCUACACCCAAAUCACUACUGUAGCUGUUCCUCUAUGAAUGAAUAAUGCUUUGAAACCUAUCUUGAUAAUUAAUAAAUUCUAACCAUCUCAUAUUUUAUCCCUCAAAAUGAAAUUCCGGUUUACCCAGUGAGAUUAUUCUAUCUAGUGUCAUGGUUGACGGACUUAGACCUUAUGCGACUUAUGACGCUAUGAAAAAUAAUAAUGAUAUUUUAGGGUCUAAUUUCGAAUGGUUGUUUUUGUAAUGAUUUCAUAAUCGGUGGGGCCAGUCCCACGUAACUCAUUAUGGCGCGUUCAUUAGAGAAAUUUAGUCCAUUUUAGCUCCAUUUUUUUCUCGUUGCUGAACGCAGCUUUACUUUAAAAUAGAUAUUUUAAACUUUUUGCUUUUAAGGGAAAAUGGACAACUAAAUUUUUCAUUUUGUAUUUUAAUUAUCGUCUCGAUAUACGUCAAUAUUAGGAUGCUAGAAACAAGCGUAGCAGUUAUGGGUGAUAAAUAAAGCUUUUAGCAGCUCUUCCGCAUCUUUUAUCUUUGUAGAUGGGGCCAGUCAAAGCCUACCGGAGCGCUACAAAAGCUUUAAGACGUAAGGCGUAAUAAAUCCUUUAAGUAGUACUUGAAAAUUCCACUUUUGUUAAGUCAAUGACUGUUCUGAAACUGAAAUAAAAUCUAAUUGAUUGCGAGCGAAAAUAAAUGUCAACUGACAGCU